UCAGAGUUUUCCGAAUAAUCGUAGUAGCCUUCAAUUGCACUACUUUCAAAAUUGAUCAAAAUUGGACCGUCGAGGUGCAAAAUAGUAGUCCAAAUUUUUCGUAUCUACAGUUUCUAAAUUCAAAAAUUUAUCAAAAUGUCCAAUGGUCGUCAAACCAUCGACGACAGCAAGCCCUUGGCCGGCAUCAUCAACACGAUUGACACCCUGGAAAACACUCUCAGCAAUCUGGAGCUGGAUGUCCGCAAUGAGCUGAACGCCCAGCGAUUGUUAUACCGAUGCCAGCUGAAUCUGGCCGGAAGAUGCCCUUCGGUGGAUCGCGUCAGGGAUACGGAUAGCCAGACUUCCCAUGGAGCAGCGUCGAUAGUCAGCAAAUAUGGCGAAUGUAACUGUCGUUGCAAUCAAGCUCUGGAAAUCUAUCUGGCUCAACUCCGCAAGGCGCAACUUGAUCAAGAAGAACUUUUUCGGACGAUGAAAAUGAAAGAUGAACAAGCGAAACUUUAUCGCUGCAAAUUAAUGGAAUCCAAUGCCCUCGUGGAGCGCCAGAAGCAAGAGAUAAAGGCACUCAAGGAUAAUGAAGAGCUCAUAACGCAAAAAAUCAAUACCGCCCUGGAGGAGGAGAACCAAACGCUGAUGACCGAAAUCGAACGUCUGAAGAGUCUUCCGGAUGAGCUGCGAGCGCGGGAACGUGCUCUCAAGCUGGCCAACAAGGAACUGCAGGAAACGAAGCUCACGCUCAAGUCCCUGUUGCUUGACAUUGAAUCCGGCCUGGAGACGUGUGAGGACAUCUCCGGGGAGCUGCAGCAGGAACGAAAACGUGCCUUCCACACGCUGAACGAGAUCGACGAGGAAAAGCGAAAAGUUUUAAGUUGGAUAGGCAAAUACAGUGAACUGAAGCAGCAGUACGAUUCAGCCGUACAACAAAAGGAAUCCGUUGCCCAGUUAAGUGCUGCCUUAAGGGAGAAGACUGCCAAACUGGACGCUCUGUCCAAGGAUUACGAUGCACUUAAGAAAGAAAGCGUUGAUUAUAUUUCAAACGUGGAAACCGUCAACGAGAAGCAGAGAACAGCACUACAAGAGCGGGUGGUGGAAUUGGAAUGCCAAAAUCUGCAAUACAAAAUUGCUCUGGAGGAACAAUGCCAAAAAACUUCUGAAGUUUCACAUAACAUGCAACGAGAGUUACUGAACCUGGAGAUGAAGUUCGUCGAAGCUCAGGAAGAGGUCAACGCCAUGAAGAUAUACAAUGAAAAAGCCGCCGCCAGUGCGGAAUACACAGCACGACGCAAGAGUCUAGUCGGGGAUGAAACAUCGAUGGACUCGCAAUCGCUAAGCCCACCGUACUGCAAAACUUGCGGUGUAGAAUUCUCGUCGGAAAAUGUAGAUUCAGAACAUAGCUGUUCCAAAGACAUUCUAUCAUCGAAAAGCGAAAACCACGAUACCGCUACGCGAUCGAUAAAGUCCGAAGAAAACGACACUAAAUCGAAGAGUAUGGAAUCCAACUCGUAAUACUUUCGAUCAUAUUUGUAUGUUAAAUUAAAAUAUUGGUAUCAAAUCGA